CAUACCUUUGCUAUUCUUCUAUACCUUGCACUAUGCGAUUCCAUAGUUUACUCGUCGUACUGGCCUCGGCGAUCGUGUUCGUUGGCGCCGCCCCUGUGGGAGAACAAAGAGAGGUCGAACUGCGGGAGGCGGAGCCCGCGAACGGCGGAGGAGGUCAAUCAGGUCAAUCUUGGCGCCGUGAUGCUGAGGAAAUCCACGUAGCGCGUGAGCCUGCCAACCAAGCCGGAGCGGCCUGGCGUCGUGACCCUGCAAACGGACCGAGUGCUGCCUGGCGUCGAGUGGCUGAGCCCAUGAACGGAGGCUCCACCGGUGCAUCUUGGCGUCGCCAACCCGAAGCGGAGCCCAUGAACGGUGGUGAUUCCGGUCAAGCAUGGCGUCGAGAAGCUGAGCCUAUGAACGGACCAGCUGCUGGAUGGCGCAGGGAAGCUGAACCCAUGAACGGAGGCGCUUCGGGCCAGUCCUGGCGUCGGGAAGCUGAGGCUGAGCCCAUGAACGGUGCCGCAGCGUCCUGGCGUCGCGAAGCCAAUGCAGAGCCCUACAAUCAACCAGCGGCAGGCUGGUAAACAGAGAACUUCUUUUUGUCCUUUCUUCACCUCUGAUAAUCAACAAACGUCGGAAGCGAGGGG